AUGGAUUCUCUUGCUGUUAUAGGAUAUGCCGUGCGGUACCCACAAGACGCCAGUGACUCUGUGAGAUUCUGGGAUUUUCUGUUGAAGGCCCGGGAAGCAAGCACUGCAUUUCCAGAAGACAGAAUCAACCAGAAAGCAUUUUACCAUCCUGAUCCUGACCAUGGAGGAACGAUUCAUGCCAAGAGGGCACAUUUUCUCAAAGACGACCCGGCUAGCUUUGAUGCGGCGUUCUUCAAGAUGAGCAAAACAGAGGUCUUGAGCCUAGACCCCCAACAUCGUCUCGUCAUGGAGAACGUAUACCACGCAUUGGAGAAUGCUGGAAUUCCAAUGGAGACUGCCAUUUCAUCCAACACCUCGGUAUUUGUGAAUGGCUACAACCAUGAUCAUGCGGACAGCCUAAACACCGACCCAGAGACGAUACUCAAGUACAAACCUACCGGAACCGAGAACUCUAUGAUAUCGGGGAGACUCAGUUGGUUCUAUGAUUUUCGUGGGCCUAGUUUGACGGUCGAAACAGCAUGUUCUGGCAGCCUCGUUGGUCUUCAUCUAGCUUGUCAAAGCUUGAAGACAAAUGAAAGUGAUAUGGCCAUAGUGAGCGGUGUGAAUGUUAUUGGUUUCCUCCCACAUAUGGUUGGUAUGGACUAUUCCGGUUUCAUGGGAUCAGAAGGGAGAUGUUUCGCUUUUGACCACAGAGCCGAUGGAUAUGCCCGCGGUGAAGGAGUAGGCACGGUGAUUUUGAAACGUCUUCCAAGCGCUUUGGAGGAUGGUGAUACUAUAAGAGCGGUUAUUCGCGGUACUGGUUUAAACCAGGAUGGCCGCACACCGGGGAUCACAUACCCCAGUUUACGAGCGCAAGUAAGACUUAUCGAGACAACUUAUCAGAAUGCAGGACUAGAAACGGAGGACACAUGUUACAUAGAGACACAUGGUACCGGCACGCAGGCUGGGGACUAUGUCGAAGCGUCGUCCAUUAACAGUGGCUUUAAGACAGCUACAAGAGGCUUACCGCUCUACGUUGGUGCUCUGAAAACAAACAUCGGCCACCUGGAGGGUGGCUCUGGGAUUGCUGGUCUCAUCAAGACCAUUAUGAUCUUGGAGACAGGUAUAAUCCCGCCCAACGCCAACUUCGAGAAGCCAAACCCCAAAAUUCCAGUGGAUGAUUGGAAGAUCAGAUUGCCCAUUCAGUGUGAGGCAUGGCCUACCUCAAAGCUUCGACGUGCAUCGGUCAGUUGCUUUGGGUUGAGUGGAACCAAUUUCCAUUGUAUCCUUGACGAUGCAUACAAUUUCCUCCGCAAACACAAGAUAUCUGCGAAACAUAGAACAAGAAUUGGUGUGCCAACGCAUGAUGAGCUUCGAUUUCUCCAGCAAGAACUUGAUUAUAUAAAAGAUAUGACGCAUACAGGGGAUGGCAGUCCUCCGGAGAGAGUUACGUUUAGCCCCAAAUCGCCGAUGCCGGUUUCUCUAUCCCAGGAGAGUGUUCAUCCGGCUGGAGGCUCUCGGUCUUCCACGGCCCUCUUCAUAUUGUCUGGAUUUGACAAAGACUCGCUCAAUCGGGUUAUUUCCGGUUUAACCGAAUACAUACAUGUGAAAGGUCGACUAUCAUCUGAGGAUGAGAGGAAGUUUCUGCAUGAUCUGAGCUUUACGCUGUCGCGGAGAUCACGAUUCAAUUGGAGAGUAUCCCUACUAGCCAGUUCCAUUUCACAAUUACAAAGUCGGCUUGCCAACGAUUCGCUUACGCCUCAACAAGCGCGAGCCUCCCCCAGACUUGGCUUCGUCUUCACUGGGCAAGGGGCUCAGUAUGCAGGGAUGGGCCGACAGCUCCUUGCUUACCCGGUAUUUCGGAGAUCAAUCGAAGCUGCUGAAAGAUAUUUCCAGUUCCUGGGCGGUAAAUGGUCUUUACUCGAGGAGCUUGGGCGGGACAAGAACAGCACCAGAAUAAAUGAGCCCACCAUCGGACAUCCAGCGUCAACAGCAAUCCAGAUUGCUUUACUUGACCUACUGACAAGCUGGGGAAUUUUCCCCACUCGUGUCGUGGGGCAUUCUUCGGGAGAAAUCGCUUCUGCGUACUGUGCCGGCAAGAUUUCCAGACAGGCAGCAUGGAAAGUCGCUUUCUUCCGUGGCCAGGUUGUCUAUGGCUCAAUAGCACGUCCAGGAUCAAUGAUGGCUGUGGGAUUGAGCCCAGAUGACCUACAACCAUAUCUUGAAGAGGUGCAGCAAAGUGAUCCGAACGGGGUAUUGACUAUUGCAUGUUUUAAUAGCCCGAAGAACCAAACAGUAUCCGGCGACAGCGCCAUGGUCGAUGCCCUCAAGAGCGUGCUGGAUGCAAAGCGAAUAUUUGCACGAAAGCUAAACCUGGGAAAGGCUUACCAUUCUGAGCAUAUGAAAGUGUUCACCGAGAGCUACCAGGCUUUCAUGGGCUCAUUGGAGCAGGGCAACACGGUUUCUCGAGACCAGCCUAUCUCUUUGUUCUCGACCUUUACAGGUGACAUACUUCUAGAUCCAUCUAUGGAUUCCUCUUAUUGGUGUGCGAAUAUGGUGAGUCCCGUCAAAUUCGAACAAGCUCUCCGGGCAUUGUGCUAUAGUUCUUCCGAAAAGCAAACUUCGCCGAAUGGGGAGCACGAAACCCCUCUGCAAAUAGAUGAGCUCAUUGAGAUUGGAUCACACGGGGCACUUCGAAGCGCCAUCACAGAAACGAUCGACAUGGCGCAAGGGAUAACCUACCAUUCAACCUUAGAUCGCAAUGCUUCUGGCCCUGAUGGCAUUCUGCAGACCGUUGCAAACCUUGCCUCUAAGGGAUACCCUGUUGAUAUACCGAGUGUGAAUAAUGCCGACGACCUGCAUAGAGACUCAGAUUUACUUGUGGACUUGCCGCCCUACCCCUUCAACCACGAGAAAAAAGACAUUUACGAAAGCCGAUUUGCGAGGAAUUUCCGCUUACGACAGUAUCCCCGACAUGAUAUCUUUGGAGCACCAGUUACCGACUGGAAUCCGCGUUAUCCAAAGUGGCGGCAUUUCCUUCGUCUCAGCGAGAACCCUUGGCUCAGACAGUAUAAGCUCGAUGUUCAAUACGUGUUCCCGCCUGUUGGGUACAUAGCCAUGGCAAUCGAAUCUGUAAUGCAGGUAAACAGUGGGGAAAUGGCCAUGAAGGGUCUCCAUUUGGAGGGAAUUACCCUGGGUCCUUUGCUAGCACUGCCGGAUGAAGCCCAGGGAGUCGAAAUCAGUUUAUCACAUUACCCUCACGGCGACGGUAGUGACUUGACCCGGUUCCAAGUCAGCUCAUACAACGAAAGCCAAGAAGACUGGACUGAGCAUUGCUCUGGCUACUUUAGUAUUGGCUAUGACGAUGAGGGCAUGGUUCAUUCAGGCCUUGCAGAUACCAAUAAAGCCGAGGAACUCAAAGGAGACCUCUCUGGCCAGAGACAUGGUUGCGAGAGACAUGUCAAGUUUGACGAUAUGUGCAGAAGUCUUUCAUCCUCUGGCUUAGAACUUGGGCCCAUAUUUCAGAACCUAUCGUCCAUAAGAGUGAGCGGUAAAAGGGCUGGAAGAUGCAUCGGAACUAUACAAGUACCUGAUGUGUCCUCUGUCAUGCCGAAGAACUACAUGCAUCCUCAUCUACUGCACCCUGUCACUUUGAACGAUUUCGGAAUAGCCGCUACUGCUGCAAUACACGACUUGCAGCCACACAAUACGGCGAUGAAAACAUUCCUGCCCUCCUUUAUUGAGCAUGUCUGGGUGUCUACCGAAACUUCAUACGACCUGCACACAAAAUUCAAUUGCGUGGGUACAGCUACAGCAAAGGGUCUUGGCAAGUAUAGCUGCGAUAUUGAGGCUUCAAUCGACUCCUCGUCUGCCGAACCCACGAUAGCCUUCAGCGGGGCGCAUUUUGAUCUAUAUGAAUCUAAGAUCCAGUCCUCAAAGACAGAUCUAUUGCCUAAAUUCUACUCUGUUGAAUGGAAACCUGACAUUCAUCUUCUGACAAACUCAUUCUUCGGCCAGGUCACCAAGCCGCCUACGACUGAAUCCGCCAGAUACGAGGUAGAAUGCCAGUGGUUCACCGACCUCCAGCUGGCCUCGGCGCUUCUUUCGACUGAUGCGCUCGUGAGCUUGAAGGGAGUGGAUCUGACCCAACUUGAACCCCAUUACCUCCGGUUCUACGACCUUCUCAAAUGCAUUGCUGCAGAUGUCCUGACAGACUCAAUGCCAAGGGUGCCUUUCAAAACAUGGCAGAAGUACGCUCAGGAUCAUGAUCUUAGAGAACAACUCUACCGUAGAGUGGAAGCUCGCGAUAGCGAUGGCGCACUGUUAAUACGGGUUGGAUCGAAUCUUGCAUCUUUCUUCCGCAAAGAAGCUGAUCCACUUUACGUCAUGUUCGGGCAAGAUGAUCUCAUGUCUCAGUACUACAAACAUGACUUCGAAAUUGGAUCUAUUUCUGAGAACCUAGCGCUCUACUUGGAUCUCUUCCGGUGGCAUAAGUCCAAUCUUCGCGUACUCGAAGUUGGGGGUGGAACGGGAUCAUUCACAGCGCAUGCACUCACUAAUCUCUGUCCGCCGGGUAUGGACAGGUCAGUGUCGGAGUACGUGUUCACUGAUCUCUCUCCAGGCUUUUUCGCGAAAGCGAAGGAGUCACUGAAUGGGUGGGACGAUAUCAUGACGUACAAGAAGUUUGAUGUUGGGAACAAUCCCAUAUCCCAGGGGUUUGACCCAGGAACAUUUGAUCUGAUUGUGGCAAGCAAUGUACUCCAUGCAACUCCCAAUCUACAUAGCACAUUGAAAAAUAUCCACAGUCUUCUCAAGCCCGGUGGAAAGCUGGUGUUCCAUGAAGGUGUCCGCCAAGAUACUUCGUGGACCAACAUAUCGUUCAGUCCGCUGCCAGGCUGGUGGCUGAGCACCGAGCCUGAGAGAAGAUGGUGUCCCUAUGUGCCAACAAGUACAUGGGAUAGGUAUCUCCGUGAGUCUGGCUUUUCCGGGCUGGACGUGGAGUUCCCGAGCUCUGAUUAUCCAGAGUUUUCAAAAAUUAGCCUUAUGAUCUCAACUGCUAGAGAAGGAACCAAUAUCUCUUGGAGCGAGGCGAACAGUGUUAUCAUCAUCAUCGCGGAUGAUGAAAGCUCUACUCUGGCCCAUGAGUUCCAGAGCCAGAUAGAAUAUCUGGGGCCUCAUUGCUCCAUACACACACUGGCGGAAAUGGAAGCUAUGGAUGUGCUAGAUAAGACAUGUGUGCUUUUCAUGGUGUCCAAUCCUCUUAUCCCAACAGAUUCGAACAUUAAAUCAUACAACAAGCUAGAAAACAUCCUCUUCAAGAGCAAGAACAUUUUAUUCGUGACUGGAGAUUCAGCAAAUAACCCAGCAUUCGAUAUUCCAAUCGGACUUAUUCGAAACAGACGAUUGCAGCAGGACCCUGACAACUCGAACCUUGUUACUGUUUCGUUGACCGAUACAGAGGUUACCCGGAAUACAAAUUCCGAACUUUUGGUCAGAGUUUUCGAGCACCAAUUUCUGUCAGGUACCGUGUCUACGAUCAGAAAUGCCGAGUAUCGCCUUGCACAGGGGGUCAUUCUUACGAACCGUGUUGCUCUCAACGCCGAUGCCAAUUCCACCAUUGGGGGUCGACUAUCGGCACCACGGCCAGUUCCACUUACGUGGGGCGACAUAGAUCGGCCAAUUAAACUCAUAGGUCAUGGCCGUUUUGUCUGGGAGACCGAUAACCUUCUCUCCGACAAUAUGCUGGGUGAGAAUGACGUGGAGGUGGACGUUAAAGCCGUCGGCCUUGGCUCUCGAGACGUCCGAGCAGCGACAGGAAAGCUUCCUCAGAUGACCCUGGGAGAAGAAGCUUCUGGGGUGAUAAUCAGGGUCGGAUCAUCCGUUAAGGAUUUUCAGACCGGCGACCGCGUCAUGUGUAUCAGUGACACUCAAGCAGGGAGAGAAGGAACGCUGAGGACAACGAUACGGAUAAACUCCUCUCUGGUCACCCGUAUCCCCGACAGCCUUACCUUCGAGGCUGCUGCUGGAUUACCUGUCUCUUGGCUUACAGCGAUCUAUUCUAUCAGCUACGCCGGUAGGUUGAUCACUGGCGAGAAUAUCCUGAUUCACUCUGCUGCGAGUAGUAUUGGGCAGGCGGCAAUCCAGUAUUCCCAGUCUCUCGGUGCAAAUGUAUUCGUGACAGUCUCCAACGUCGACGAGAAACAUUAUGUCGCACGGAAAUAUGGAGUUCAGCGAGAUCGUAUCUUCUCCAGCCGUCCUACUUCCUUCCCGGCCCAGAUCAAGCGACGAAUACCGUGUGGGAUGGAUGUCAUCAUAUCAGAUAUAACCACCGGGACUACUCAAGGUUCAGUGAAUUGUCUGGCACCUUUUGGCAGACUGAUAGCCAUCGGCAAUGGCGGGCCGCAGUCAGUCCACAACAUCUCUGCGUCAUGCAAUAUGGAUAACAUCACGAUAUCAAAAGUGAACCUCAGUUCUAUCGCCAGGAGCCGCCCGACAACUAUCCAAAAUAUUUUCCGAGAGACGAUGCGGCUAAUGGAGGAAUAUAAGAUUCGUUUUGAACCUCCUAGACGAGUUCUGACGUAUAGCCAAAUACAUCAGGGUAUCGAGAUGCUCCGGAAGGAAGCAAAUGCUGGAAAAAUUGUUCUUCGUCCUUCUGAGGAUGUUGUUCAGGUUGUUCCUGAAAUUCCGAGACCAUCUCCGUUGGAACAACAUGCAACCUACCUCCUCAUCGGUGCACUCGACGCCUUGCAUUGCAAGCUCGCUCUUCGGAUGGCAGAUCGAAGUGCUAAGAACCUGAUACUCUUGUCUCGUGCACGGGACUUGGAUACGGAGGAUCCACAACAGCAGAUUCUUGAUACCUUGCGAGAGCAAGGAUGCGAGGCACAUAUAUACCACUGCAACAUGUCUGAGGCGUCUGAAAUACAGUCUCUGAUUGCCGACUGGCGCAGUCAGCUUCCCCCUAUCCAUGGAAUUCUUGAGUCGACAUAUUGCAUGGGUGCUUCUAAUCAAACUGUUGCCACGCAUUCAACAAGCAGCUCUAAUAGUGUCAUCAUGGAGUUGCUUAAUCUGCACAAUGCCAUCCCAUCUGUUGAUUUCUUCAUCAUGAUCUCAUCGAUGUCGGAGCUUACAGGAAGUAUUAAUGACAGCGACUUUAGCGCAGCCGGUACAUUCCAAGGUGCAUUGGUUCGUCAUAGACUCUCACAUGGCUUGCACGCUGCGAGUGUCAACGUCCGGGACAUGAAAGAGGAGGAAAUCUUAGCGGCAGUCGACUAUAUGACGGAUAUUCGAAACCCUCCAACCGUGGAUUCCUGUCAGAUGGUCUGCAAUGUCCCAACCCCAGCAUCAUGCGAAGAAGUAGAAAAGCCAGUAAUGAGAUAUUUGUCCGCCCCCUUGUUCCAUCAACUUCCUAGCUUCCGUUCACGAGUGGCAAGCAUGCCAACAGAAUCCGCAAGAAGACCUAGUGUGGGCGACCUCCUGAACAAGACCAACAACACCGAACAGGCAGCUGCUGUCGUGUCGAGAGAGAUUCGACAGAAACUGUCGAACCUUCUUAAUGUCACCGAAGACGAGAUUAACGAAUUGCGUGAUAUUCGGACCAAUGGGGUCGACUCAUUGAUUGAGAUGGAGUUCCGGAAUUGGCUGGAAAGAGAACUCGACACAACGAUUACGUUGGAAGAUUUGACUUCAAUGAGUAUAUUGAAGUUGAGCGCACAUGUUGUUACAGCGUCACCUUUGGUUUCAUUUACCUAG